AUUGAUCAAUGAAAACAUAAAUUUUGUAAUUGUAUACUGUCAGAUCUCAUAUAGGAGUACUACAAUUUCCCCUUACCCUUGCGUUCUCUCGUGACUUCAUCUCCCUCCUCUCUUCAUCCAAUCAUCUCUUUUUCUCUCUCCUCUGAUCACAGUAUUUGAUUUGAUUGACGAUGGGUGCUCAGAACAUUUUCGAUGGCGAUGAUGGUAAUUUGGAAGUUGGGAUGGAAUACAGAACAGUCUCAGGAGUUGCAGGGCCACUGGUUAUUCUUGACAAAGUUAAGGGACCUAAAUUUCAAGAAAUUGUUAAUAUUCGUUUGGGAGAUGGGUCAACUCGUAGAGGUCAAGUUUUAGAAGUUGAUGGUGAGAAGGCUGUAGUACAGGUUUUUGAAGGAACAUCUGGAAUUGAUAACAAAUACACUACUGUCCAGUUCACUGGUGAGGUUUUGAAAACUCCUGUCUCCCAAGAUAUGCUUGGGCGUAUCUUUAAUGGAUCUGGUAAACCAAUUGAUAAUGGCCCUCCUAUUCUUCCUGAGGCUUACUUGGAUAUUUCUGGGAGUUCAAUAAACCCCAGUGAAAGAACUUACCCUGAAGAAAUGAUUCAGACAGGCAUUUCCACAAUUGAUGUCAUGAACUCUAUUGCUAGAGGACAAAAGAUCCCUCUCUUUUCUGCUGCUGGUCUUCCUCACAAUGAGAUUGCUGCUCAGAUAUGUCGUCAAGCAGGUCUUGUGAAGCGGUUGGAAAAGUCUGACAACCUUUUGGAGGAUGGUGAAGAGGACAACUUUGCCAUUGUAUUUGCAGCUAUGGGAGUUAAUAUGGAAACUGCACAGUUCUUUAAACGCGACUUUGAAGAGAACGGUUCUAUGGAGAGAGUUACUCUCUUUUUAAAUCUGGCCAAUGACCCUACAAUUGAGCGUAUUAUUACUCCUCGUAUUGCUCUCACCACUGCAGAAUACCUGGCAUAUGAAUGUGGGAAGCAUGUUCUUGUUAUCCUGACUGACAUGAGUUCUUAUGCGGAUGCGCUUCGUGAGGUGUCAGCUGCCCGAGAAGAAGUGCCUGGAAGGCGUGGUUAUCCGGGUUACAUGUACACUGAUCUGGCAACCAUCUAUGAACGUGCUGGACGUAUUGAAGGACGAAAGGGAUCUAUCACCCAGAUUCCAAUUUUAACUAUGCCUAAUGAUGAUAUUACUCACCCAACUCCGGAUCUUACGGGUUAUAUUACGGAGGGACAAAUCUACAUUGACAGACAGUUGCACAAUCGUCAGAUAUACCCACCAAUUAAUGUCCUGCCAUCACUUUCCCGUCUUAUGAAGAGUGCUAUUGGUGAGGGCAUGACUCGUAGGGAUCACUCUGAUGUUUCCAACCAGCUGUAUGCAAAUUAUGCCAUCGGGAAGGAUGUACAGGCCAUGAAAGCUGUCGUUGGUGAGGAGGCUCUGUCUUCGGAGGAUUUGCUAUACUUGGAAUUCUUGGACAAAUUUGAGAGGAAAUUUGUGUCCCAAGGAGCGUAUGACACCCGUACUGUCUUCCAGUCACUCGAUCUAGCAUGGACACUCCUCAGGAUCUUCCCCCGUGAGCUUCUCCAUCGUAUUCCAGCAAAGACCCUUGACCAGUACUACAGUCGGGAUGCUUCAAGUUAAUGAGGGAGAUUCUCAGUAAACUACACCUGUGUCCUUAUCUCAUUCAGCAUUUCAUAUUUGUUCUUUAAGGCUGUUUACCAAUCGCUUCAAUAAAAGGUUCCCGUGUUUCAGGUCCUCUAAAAGUGGGAUUCUUUGAUUAGUUGGUGUGUACAUUAAAGAGCUUUUGGUGGGAAGGAUGAUGUAGAUUCUUAAAGGAAAACAAACAAUUAUGUAUUUGUGAUUUUGAGUAUUUAUCCCCUUUUUCGUGUACUUGGGGCUUCAAAGCUGGGUUUAGAGAAGCAGGUUUACUUCGUUUUCUUAAACAUGUAUUUUGUUUUAUAUUAUAUUAUAUUAUUCAUAUCCCGCAUAAUUUAUUGGGAGUAUAAUUUUGGUGUAAUUGUAUCUUUGGUAAAACAACCAAAAUUUUCUUGACU